AUGAAAUCGGAAUCAUCAAAAGUGUUCAAUGGUAAUGGUUGUAAUGAAUUAGCAAUACACGAUACAUACACGGAAGAAUACAAAGAAUUUAUAAAAACGUUAAAAAAUGAUUGGGAAGAUAUACAAUUUAUUGCUAAAGGUAGUUUUGGUCUUAUAGUUAAAGCAAAAAAGAAAAAUGGUAUUUUAAAUGGUAUAAAAUUGGGCGAUAGUUAUUGUAUUAUAAAAAGAAAGAAAAGGGACCCAAAUGUAUUAAUAUUCGAUAAUGAAAGUGAUAUCUUAAAGACAAUAUUGUCUUUAAAAAGCAAACUAUUGUUGAAAUAUUAUUAUCACGAAAUUAAAGCUGAAUAUGUGUAUAUAUACACAGAAUAUUUUGAGGGCCAAACCAUUGGCUUAUAUGUCAAAGAAAAUAAUAGAAUCAAAGAAGAAGAAAAUAUUAUAUUUAUUACAUGGAGCAUACUUAGAGCAUUAGAGCUAUUACAUCGAAAUUGUAUAAUGCACAGAGAUAUAAGUCCCAACAAUAUUUUGGUGUCUAAAGACUUUAAAGAGAUCAAAUUAAUAGAUUUUGGCCAUUCAAUAGCACUUUUAACCGGUUCAAAGAGUCUUCAUCAUGGGGGUUUAACUGGAACUUUAGGCUUUAUUGCACCCGAAAUUAUAUAUGAGAACAAUCAUCCAGGAAGGGGGUCAGAUAUAUGGAGUUUGGGUGCAAUGGUACUAUUUAUGUAUGGUUAUAUACUUCCAAAAAGUGGUGAGUUAAUAAUUCCACAAGACAUACCCCAAAAUAUCCAAUCCUUUCUUAAAGAUUCUUUAAAGAAACGUUAUAAUGAAAGAGCAACUGCUAUAAAUCUUUUACAAAAUGGUCUCUUUUCAAAUUUAAAUCAAGAACAUCAACAAAAUCAACAAAAUUUAGAAUUAAAUGAUAGAGAAAUUAUAAUUUAUACCGAUAAAAAUAAUUGUUAUAAUAGUAAUUGUAAUAAUAGUUCGUCCUCAACAUCUUCUUCAUCAUUAACAGACAAAGAAUUAUUAUCAAAUAAUAAAAGCAAAUAUGGUUAUGGAUCAUUUGACCCUUUUGUAAAUGAAGGUAAACCAAAGUAUUCAAAUUUAAUCAAAAGGUUUUUAUUUAAAAAAGGUCAAUUUUUAAAAACAUUCAAUAUUACCGCAAUAGCAAUGAUGUUUUUUAUUAUUGUUUCAGCAAUAUUAUUACCAGUCAUGUUAACCAAAUAUUUAAAGAGUGAUACCGAAAUAAGCGAAUAUAAAUUCAACUUAUAUCAAUACAAUCAAUAUAUGGAAGAAGGAAAAAAGAACAUUGGUCUCGGUCAAUUUAAUGAUGCAAAGGUUAGCUACGAAAGGGCAUUAAAUGUUUCGAAACUGCUUGAUAAAGACCAAUAUAUACUAGACUCGUACAAAGGAAUCUUUGAUAGUGUUUACUCUGGUGGUAAUUAUAACGAAGCUUUGGUUAUAGCGGAAAGUUACAUUGCAGUUUCACCAACCUCAAUCACAGCUCAACUUCAAUAUCACCAAAUGAGGGGUAUGGUAUUCUUCAAUACAGGCAAAUUGCAACCAUGCAUUGAUGAAAGACUGCUUGUAGUAAAAUACACAAAACAAAUCUAUCAAAACAAUUCAAAUCAAGAGGCAUAUUCCCAGGUUGGGGUCGGCACAUGCUAUGCAGAGCAUGGGAGGUAUCAAGAUGCUAUCAAGUAUUACACAAUUGCAUUCAACAUUUACCAAACCAUGAAUAGCACAUAUCGUGACAAAUACUAUUAUGCUGCCUCACUUUUCCAUUUGGGCUAUUCAUACUUUCACAGCGAAAAUCUUACCAACUAUAUGGAGGAGUCAUUCAAAUAUUUUAACCAAAGCUAUAUAGUGGGUUUAGAGCUUUACAAAGAAGACUCUGAUAAAUAUUAUAUAUUUUUAACAGAUAGACAAAAUUAUUUGGGUAGAUGGUAUAUUCAAAAAGGGGACCCAGCUUCAUUAGAUUUAGGUUUCAAAUUUUUAAAACAAAGCGAAUCAAUACUAAGAGAAAAAAGCAAAUUUAAAAUACCAGAGAUGGCUGAAACACUUUAUUUGCUAGGUCAAAUCGAAAGACUAAGAUCAAACUAUGAAAGAGCUCUCGAAUAUCAACACGAUGUUUUAUCAAUAAGAGUGGAACUUUACACCCCUACAGGUAACAUUUUGCGUCCAAGUAUUGCUGAAGCCUGUUUAGAAAUUGGCCAGGAUCUAGUACAUGUUGGUAAUUGUACUGAUGUUGUGUAUUGCAUGGAAAGAGCUAAACAAAUUUAUGAUACAUUUGACAAUGACUCAUUAAUCAAAAAUCAACUAUCAAUAAUUAAUAGUACAAUUUCCUACUGCGAAAGUAUUUCAACAAAAAAAUCUUUUUUAAAAGCUAUUGUAGCAAAUGUAAAUUGUAAAUUGUAA